AUGUCCAACAGAUACACGCACUACGACUCUGACGCUUAUCGCCUUCCGGAGGGCAUGCGUAGAGUCGGCUAUGAUGCGGAUACGCAGCAGUACACGUUUAGAGACUCUCAGGGUUACUACAUCGGCGAGCCAGCCAAUGAAUACGGCGGCAGACUCACGUACACGUCUCCCUUACGUGGAAAUGAGCGCGACGAUGAUAUCGAAUUCACUCCGCCAUCCUUCACCGCCGUAAACUCCCCUUACAGACCACUCCUCCCCUUCUUUCUCAUCGUUGCCGUCGUUUUACUUGUUUUGGUCAAAUUUAUAUACAGCGGCAGCUCCACGCACUGUAAACACGGCGAAUACACCAUUUCAAAAGGUGACACUUGCUGGGGCAUCGCUAUGUCUCAGCACGUUCCACUCGAUCAGCUCCAGCAAUCGCUGCCCUGCAAUGCUCUAAUCCCAGGCACCCGCAUCUGUUUACCGGAGAGGAGUGCUUGA